AUGAAAUUCGGGGGCAGCAGCCUGGCAGCGCCUGACAACAUCCGCCGCGUAGUAGACAUCAUCGAGCGAGAGCUCCCGUCCCGCCCCGUCGUCGUCCUCUCCGCGAUCGGCAAGACCACAGACCACCUUGUCGAGUUGGGGCGCAUCGCUCUGAAGGAAAAGCGUGUCAAAACCUCCGAACUGCACGGCUUCCACCUGAAGCUUAUCGAGGGCCUGGGCUUGUGCGAGGCCGAUGUGCCCGAGGUGUGGACGAUUGAGGAAGAAAUUGACCGCCUCCUCACAGGCAUUUCGCUCAUUCGCGAACUCUCUCCUCGCACCGAAGACCUCCUCAUGAGCUAUGGCGAGCGCCUUUCCAUCCGCAUAGUCGCAGCUUACAUGAGCAAAAUUCGCGGGCUCCCGGCGAAGCCGUUGGACGCCUGGGAGGUGGGCUUGCGAACGUCAACGGGGUCGGGCAGCAGCCAAGCUCUUAAGGUGCAGGUAGAAAUCCUCCCGUCUGCCUUUGACGAGAUCGGCGCCUUCUUCGAGUCGCUCAAGAGCGCAUACACCUACGUCCCUGUCGUUACAGGGUUCAUUGCCAAGGACAAGCACGGAAACGUCACGACUCUCGGACGCAGCGGGAGCGACUUCACCGCGGCGAUCGUUGGGGCCGGCGUGCGCGCCUCCGAAGUUCAGAUUUGGACGGACGUCGACGGCGUGCUGACCGCGGACCCGCGCGUCGUCAAAGGCGCGCGCAGCGUGCAAAAGAUCAGCUUUGACCAGGCGUCUGAGCUUGCCUACUUCGGGGCCAAAGUGAUCCACCCGAAGACGAUGUUGCCAGCCAUGAAGCACGAUAUCCCCGUCCGAGUGAAAAAUUCCUACAACCCGGCGCACCCCGGCACCCUGGUUGUGCGGUUGCCCUCGAGCGGGGAGUCAUCCCCUGGGUCGCCGAUCUCGAAUGCCGUCACAGUCGUCACGUAUCAGCGCGACAUCACCGUAGUUGAGGUGAAUUCCACGCGCAUGCUGGGAGCGCACGGUUUUCUCGCUCGUCUCUUCACCAUCUGCGACCAGCUCGACAUCUCCAUUGACGUCGUCGCGACAUCCGAGGUCUCCGUUUCCCUCUCGUUGGAGAAAGACACGUCUGAAGACAAGAUCGAGAAACUUCAGGAGAGCCUCUCCUCUUUCUCAACGACAUCUGUUCGAAGAGGCAAGGCUCUCGUGAGCAUUGUGGGAAACCUGGCCAGAUGCAACGAGAUUGUUGCUCGCACCUGUAACGCCCUAACAGAAAUCGGCGUGACGAUGCAGCUGAUCUCAUGCGGCACAUCGAAAGUGAACUUCACCUUCUGCGUCGACGACGCGGACGUGUGCAGAGUUGUGCAGGCUGUGCACGACGCGCUUUUUGACCUUGACUCAACGACAUGCACCACGCCUUCCGCCUAG